UAAACAACAACAACCAAAACAAAAAAUUAGAGGCACCGUUGCAAAGAGUGACAGGAUUAGUAAUGGCGGCGCAUUUCCCACAGUGCUCCUUGCCAUCGAUCUAUCCCUUCCCCGCAGCCUUCACAGCACCGGCGGUGUGAAGACAUGGAAGGCAUCCUGUCCCUCAAAUGGAACAACCACCUGUCUGUCCUCUUCAGCACUCUCUCCUCCCUACACAAGAAGGACCUGUACAGUGACGUGACGCUGGCGUGCGGCGGACAGUUCUUCCCGGUGCACAAGCUGGUGCUGUCGGCGUGCAGCGAGUUCUUUGAGGAGCUGUUCAAGCAGACGCCAUGCAGCCACCCAGUAGUAAUCCUCAAGGACAUCCAGGUUGGGGAUUUGGAGGCAUUGCUCAGCUACAUGUACCUGGGGGAGGCCAACGUGGCUCAGAGCGACCUGGCGCGACUCAUCAAGGCUGCCGAGUGUCUGUGCAUCAAGGGCUUGGCAGUGCCGGACGAGGGCGGCCCGAGUGGUUCUGGCAGUUCUGGGGGUUCAAGUGGCUCCAGCAGCAGCAGCAGCAGCGGGAAGAGGCCUCACCCUAACCCAUCCGAGGACACACACCACGCCAAACGCAGGAAAAAUGACAUAUCCAACACCACUACUGCCUCCACCACCACCACCACCACCACUGCAUCCGCCACCUCGUCGCGGCCAGACAGUGCGGAGGGGAGGGAAGGGCACAGCCAGGCGGAGACAGCACACCCCCCCCACCUUAGCCCAGAUGAUGGGGAUGGUGGGGGGGUAAUGAUGUCAGAAGCUACACAGAAUCUUGCUGAGGUGGUGAUAGAGGAGCACCCAAUCGUGAAGGAGGAGGUGACAGAGCCCAAGUGUGACCCUGAGGUGGAGGCAAUCAUGGCGAGGGGGGCCAGGACAUCGGCAGACAGUGAGGACAUGGACGACGACGACGACUCGAUCACACAGGUCGGCGCGUCGCUGAACUUCACGGCCGAACUUAAUUCAGACGAGGGGCCGGAUGGUGGGGGGAGUGAUGGCGGUGGUGGUGUGGGUGGUGUUGGUCUGUACGAGCAUCACCUAGCCACUGCUGCCACCACUGCCACGCAUCCCGUCAGUGGUGUGUUGCAGGAUCUAAUGGUGCCUGGUAUUGCUGGUCCUUCGGUGCCCACGGACAUAGGUGGCUGGGACUCCAUGGCGGGCUUCCCUCUUGAGGCACUGCACUCCGAGGACUCGAGGUCAUCGCAGACACUGGGAGGGCGUGGCAGUGGCGGUGGCGGUGGCGGCAGCGGCGGCUAUGGGCGGGAGGCUUGUGCAGGGAGUGGAGGCAGGCUGGCGGCGGCGUCAGCAGCGGUGGUGGUGGCGGCAGAGGGCGGCAGCCACCCGUGCCUGCUGUGCCAGAAGCGGUUCAGCAGCCGGCAGGACCUGCGGCGCCAUGUGCGCACCCACACUGGGGAGCGGCCCUACCAGUGCCCGCUGUGCCCCCACCGUGCGGCACUCAAGGGUAACAUCAAGAAGCACAUUGCCGCCGUGCACCGCCAUGCACCUCCUGCCGUUGCCGCCGCCGCACCCUCCGGCUCAGACUCCUUCCAGGCGUCACCCUCACGUGAUCUAGAGAUUCUUGACAGCUGCUCCUUGGCGCCCCAUGGCUCGUACUGACUCCAGGGUGCUGAUAGGCUCACUGUGCUGUGAGGGAGUCUGUGUGUCUGUCUGCAUCUGUGUGUGUGUGUGUGUGUGUGUGUGUGUGUGUGUGUGUGUGUGUGUGUGUAGUGUGGCAUGCCAGUGUGAUGAGCCAAAACCAAUCAAAUACUAGUGCCAGUCUAAGCCAACCAGUCCGUCUGAUGCCGUCGUUAAGUCGUUCGCUCAUGUGUCCAAACUGUGGUGUGGCGAUUUGUUCCUGUCGUGACGUGAGGGUGAAGGACGAGUUAUUGUGCAUCACUCCUCUCACUGUCAGGAGUGGUGAGGCAGUGGAGAGCCAGGCCGCAGCACACUAGUGACUGCGGCACCGUGCACUGACAGGGAGGCAGCGGCGCACUGGCUUGCAUUGUUCUGUUGCGAACCGUUGCGUGUGAGUGACUGGCAACACCGGGCGGGAAGAUGCAGAUCUGUAUUGAGUGUUUCUUUAAAUAUUUUGACCCUGACCGAUUAAUGGCUGAAGGAGACAACCAGCCAGCGUGUGAAGGCUGUGACAAAUGAAGGACUCCUGCAUCUCUUGCCAAGCCACACUCUCAGAACAAUGCCGAGGAACCACCAGUCAGUUGCGUGCUGCCACCCUUAGUUAUUUACACUGUUUCUCCUGCCCUGCCUCACUGGUGUCAUGUGAUAGGCUGCAGUGACCAUUAAAAGACACUGAGGGGCUCCUGGGGGCAGACGUGAGAGGGGGGGUGAUGCAGGAGUGACCGUUGCAGUGAUAUUGAUGUUGAUAAUGUAAAGAUGCCUCCACCCUCAGUUGAGUGGGGCACAUUGUUAUCAUUCCUUACUGAUGUGAUGAGAGAGAGAGAGAGAGAGAGAGAGAGAGAGAGAGAGAGAGAGAGAGAGAGAGAGAGAGAGAGAGAGAGAGAGAGAGAGAGAGAGAGAGAGAGAGUACAGGUGUGGUGUUUCUUAUGCUUGCUUGUCUGUCUGUGUGUGUGUGUGUGUGUGUGUGUGUGUGUGUGUGUGUGUGUGUGUGUGUGUGUGUGUGUGUGUGUGUGUGUGUGUGUGUGUGUGUGUGUGUGUGUGUGUGUGUGUGUGUGUGUGUGUGUGUGUGUGUGCUUGUUGACUGACUGCUGAGAGAUUAUAGUGUGUGUGUGUGUGUGUGUGUGUGUGUUUAAUGUGACAUACACACACAAACACACGUACACAGAUAAACAGUGUGUCAUAUUUAUCCCUCCAGUGUAUUACAGGUAGACAGAAUACAUUUAUAAGUACAGACUAUACAGGAAAAGACUAUAUGUGAUAAAACGUGUGUGUGUGUGUGUGUGUGUGUUCAGGGAGAGGAGACAGGGAGAGGAGGAAGUAAACAAGUUGACUGUU